CGGUCGGUCAUCCAAUUCAUUUCAAAAACCCUAAUUCUCCAGACUCAAAAACCCCAACUCCCUCCCACACUGGCACCCCUCUCCCUUGCUUCAAUAAGUGCAGUCAAUGGCAGGCCGAUUCAAGGAACUCUUGAAGAAAUACGGAAAAGUUGCACUAGGUGUUCAUUUCUCUGUCUCCGCGGCCUCCAUCACCGGCCUCUACAUCGCCAUCAAGAACAACGUCGAUGUCGAAUCCAUCCUCGAGAAAUGGCACCUCCCCGGCGUCUCCCCCGAGGAAAACUCGCAUCCAGUGCCUACCCCAAACUCAGAACUUUCCGAAUCCCCAGACGGAGGAGGGUGCGUGAUGGAAGAUCGAGCAAAUGGUCAUGAGAGACCGUCAGCCAUGAGUGGGGAACAAAAGAAGAGGAAUCGGACGGCCGAGCUCGCCGCAUCGACCGGUGGAGCACUCGCGCUGGCAGUGCUUUGUAAUAAAGCUUUGUUACCGGUUAGAAUUCCUAUCACGAUCGCACUUACACCUCCGGUGGCUAGGUUUUUGGCUAGGCAUAAGAUUACCAAGAACGGUGUAUAAUUUAAUAAUAUUUAUUUCAAUGUUUCUUAAACAUAGAACAAAAUUUAUUCUUCAUUUA